GGUUGAGUCUUUGAGCUUCAUUCUGAAUCCGGAGGUCUUCUGACUGGUACAGAAAAUUAGUGAAAACUGAAACAUGAAGGUUUGUGUUAUUCUGGUUGUCGUCGGCAUAGCCAUGACGAGUGCGGAAUACGAUCGUAGGGAGGCCUCUUCAGGUGUGGACUGGGCAGCCAAAGAACGCAGAGAAGCCUCUUCAGGUAUGGACUGGGCAGCCAAAGAACGCAGAGAAGCCUCUCCAGGCUUUGACUGGUUAACCAAAGAACGCAGAGAAGCCUCUCCAGGCUUUGACUGGUUAACCAAAGAACGCAGAGAAGCCUCUCCAGGGUGGUACCCGGUCGCCAAAGAACGCAGAGAAGCCUCUCCAGGUUGGUACCCGGUCGCCAAAGAACGCCGAGAAGCCUCUCCAGGUUGGUACCGGUCGCCAAAGAACGCAGAGAAGCCUCUCCAGGGUGGUACCCGGUCGCCAAAGAACGCCGAGAAGCCUCUCCAGGGUGGUACCCGGUCGCCAAAGAACGCAGAGAAGCCUCUCCAGGGUGGUACCCGGUCGCCAAAGAACGCAGAGAAGCCUCUCCAGGGUGGUACCCGGUCGCCAAAGAACGCAGAGAAGCCUCUCCAGGGUGGUACCCGGUGGCCAAGGAACGAAGAGAAGCCUCUCCAGGCUGGGGACCAUAGGCCUCCGAAAGGCACAGGCUUGUUGGUGUUGAAAAAUGCAACAGUUAGCCUGCAUGCAAAGUAUUCCACUUCACAUGAAGGCUCUUUUCUAGAUUAAAAAAAAAUCAGUCGUAAAGUUGCUAAAUGUAGACAAUCCCCUUCUCCUCUCGACUCGAAAAGUAACAAUGUCAUUGAAAAAUCCAGUAAACAAAUCAAUAAAAGUGACAGACCUG